AUGGCGACAAGCACGACAACCGUCAAAGACCUGUACGAUGUUGCUGGCUGUCGAGUCGAUUGGAAUUAUCUCACAACAUCCAAGUUGCAGUGGUAUCAGUGUGCUUCUCACUUAUUCGCCGUCUGUGCGGACCGCAAAAGCUGCAAGUGCGAUCGUCUGCAGCAGGACCUUCCGCUGAACUCUAUCGGCAAGGUCGUUCCGCGACGUAACGCCGAUCAAGGUGCCGUGAUAUUUGGCCGGUCUGGCUCUCUGAUCAACAAUCUUCAGCGCAAGCCACGCACUGAAGGGCAACAGGGCUACCAACUAUAUUCGCAGCCCAACAAACCGCUCUCGCCAACCAUCAUACCUAAAGACGUGGAGGACACAUUGGCUCUCGACAGCGCCUAUCAGAGUGCAUCAGACAUAUCAGCGAACUCUACGCCUAACAGCGUCUUGUCAUACGCUUCGCCGACCACACAAGACUCGCAUCCAGAUCUUCCAGCAGUCUCGAGCUUACCGUCAAUCCUACCGGAAGCAAACCUGAGAGGAGACGGCAAGGACUACUUCGAGUGCUGCGAUGCCAACGAAGACACACUGAAGGGGAAGAAAUGCAUGUGGUCUCCACCAAGGACACCGAUUGCUGAACAUGAGCCGCAGCGUCCGCUACGCCGGGUGGAAGCUUUUACGAUGCAAUCGAAAAGGGUGCGCAACGAGUGA